AUGACGCAGAGGGAGAACAGAAACAACGAACAACUCGUGGUGGACGAGAACGAAGAAACAGAAGAAGAAGAACUCGAGCCGCCGCACGAGGUGAUCACGUACGUAGACCAGAAAGCGUUGCUGAGGAAACAGAACUUUCGCGACAGGAGCGAUGAUGAUACGAAUGCGACUACGAAUGCUACAAACGAAAGAAGAAAAGAUGGAGGAGAGAAAGAGCGGAGGAUAAAGAUGAUGAAUCUGGAUGUCAACGAAGGGUUUCAAAUGGGGUUUCAAGACCCGUCCAGUGGGUUUGGGUUGUGGGGAGGCGGGAACGAGAGUUUAGAAGCGACGGCGACGAUGACGACGACGACGACAAAUGAAGAUGACUUUGACGGCGCCGUCGCGAUGACGACGCCGAUGGCGAAGAAUACAAACAAUAACAGUUUGGAUGAUGGGUUCGAGAGGAGGACGUCGCCGCGCGCGCGUAAGACCGCAUCAGCAGCAGUGGUGAGAGCGACGAGAACGACUACUAACGAUAAUAAUACAACCGCAGUGACCGUUCGGAGGAGUCCGAGGAAGCACAGAGAAAGUAUGGAUGGUCCGUCGACGCAAACGGUGUCGUCGCCGUCCGGCGGCGCGGCGAACAACAAGAACAAGAAGAGAAAGACGACUACCGCUACUGCUCAAACGACGCAAGUUACGAAAGCGUUCACGAACAACCAGAGGAAAAGAUCCGCGAAAGACGCGAACGCAACGUCGGCACCGUCGAAGAGGGGUAAAAUUACGACGACAAAAACUACCGCCGCGAGAGGAGGAAGACAGAGCCAACAAGCGAACGUGCGGAAGACGGCUUUAGUCAUGACCUCUACGCAGCAGCAGCCGUCUCAACAGCUGCCGUCGAGUAAUCGCGGGACUUUGCCCACGACGAUGCAAAGAGUGCAGCAAAACAAACCGACGAAACAAACAACUGGAGGAACAGGUAGAAAAGACGACAAUAUCAACGCACCAAAGGCGUUACCGCUGACAACAAGGGGUGGUGGUGAUGGUGGUCAAGGAGGAAUACAACUCCCUCGAUCGACGUCAAAGAUGCCAACCUCGACGCGAGAUAAAGUAUUAGGCGUAGUAAAACCAGCUCCAGUUAUAGAAAAAGUAAGAUACGAUAGCAAAAAGAACAGCAGCUUGGACGGGACGCAGUCGUCGUUGGGCAACGGCACGGAGGAAAUCGAGGACGACAUCGAGGACGACAUAAUCGACAGUGGAGACGACGAGAACGGCGGUGAGGAUGAGACCAACAUAGAUGUCGUCGCGUUGCCCAAGAAUGCCGUAACAACGACGCAGAGGAAUGAUACAGGCAAUGACGACGACGACGAUGAUGGCGCGCCCCCAAUCCACCAGACGCAAAAACAAGGAGAAGCGGGAGGUAAAGAAGAAAAAGAAAAGAAGAAAGUCACUUCUUUUCUACCGAAACUCGCAUCACCGACGAACGAUUUGUUCUUAGACGGCGUCGGAGGUGGAGGCAAGAAAUCCAAAAGAGGCGCCGAAUUCACGGGGAGCGGUCCUAAAGCGCGCCUCAAACGCGCGUUGCAAAAGUUGAAAAUCAACAAACUCCGAUUCGAGGAAAACGUAAAGAAAAAUCGCCUUGAAUACGACGAAGGGUCUUCACGAGAAAACGGCAUCACGUUCCACGUGCGUUCGGUAACGAUGGAAAGAGGAAUUUUCAGAUGUUUCGGGUACGCGAAACCGAUGCAUAGGAAAAAGACCGAAGCUGAAGUCAUCGGCGACAUUUUAGAUGAGGAGGACGAGGAGGAAAAUGUAGAAGAGGACGAAGAAGAUUUCUUAAAAAAGAGAAAGGAAAAGAAAGAACUCCGCGACCUUUUGGACGAUAAUGGAGAAUACGACGUCACCGUGUUAUUCACCAAGGAGUUACAAAAAGAAUUGAACGUUUCCAUCGGAAACAGAGUUGAAAUUUUCCAACCCUUUCGCGAAGUUCUCGCCCGAAACGGGUUUGGCGAGACCGCGCGGUGCAUCGUGAGAGCUGAUUUUUGUCGCGUCCUGGACGGCAACUAG